AUGGGGCAAGGGCUAGGUGCUGUAGGGGCUGGGAAGCCAGGCCUGUUCCCUCAUCCUGUCCCCUGUGCUGGGCCACCCACGGCGCCACAGGAGCUGGAGCUGAUGGAAAACAUCUUGACGAGCAAGCAGGACGAGAGCUGGGAGCAGCGGGGCCCCCGGGCCUCCUUCAGCCGCCAGGAGCGGAGCCGCCUGCUCUGGGAGGACGUCAGCGUUAUGGAGGAGGAUGCCACCAAAGUCACCGCCCUAAAGCUGAGGCUGGAUGAGUCCCAAAAAGUGCUGCUCAAGGAGCGGGAGGACAAGCUGGCGCUCAGCAAGAGCAUCGAGAAGCUGGAGGGCGAGCUCAGCCAGUGGAAGAUCAAGUACGAGGAGCUCAACAAGAACAAGCAGGAGGUGAUGAAGCAGCUCAACAUCCUGAAGGAGAUCCACCAGGAUGAGCUGGGGCGCAUCUCUGAGGACCUGGAGGACGAGCUGGGUGCUCGCUCCAGCAUGGACAAGAAACUGGCCGAGCUGCGUGCAGAGAUGGAGCGGCUGCAGGCAGAGAAUGCAGCUGAGUGGGGCCGUCGGGAGCGGCUGGAGACAGAGAAGCUCAACCUGGAGCGGGAGAACAAGAAGCUGCGGGCUCAGAUUGAGGACCUGGAGGAGGUGCUGGCUCGCAAGCGGCGCCAGACAGCCAGUGCACUCGACACCGACCUCAAAACCAUCCAGGCCGAGCUCUUUGAGAAGAACAAGGAGCUGGCUGACCUGAAGCACAUCCACACCAAGCUGAAGAAGCAGUACCAGGAGAAGAUGGCAGAGCUGGCCCAUGCCAACCGCCGCGUGGAGCAGCACGAGGGAGAGGUGAAGAAGCUACGCCUGAGGGUGGAGGAGCUGAAGAAGGAGUUGGCCCAAGCUGAGGAUGAGCUGGAUGAGGCACACAACCAGACACGGAAGCUGCAGCGCUCACUGGAUGAGCAGACAGAGCAGAGUGAGAGUUUCCAGGUGCAGCUGGAGCAUCUGCAGUCCCGGCUGCGGCGGCAGCAGAGUGCUCCACUUUUCGGCAAGAUGCGCAGCACACGCUUCGGCCCUGAUGACGCCGGGGACGGCACCAGUGACCCUGAUGAGGAUGAGGACCUGCAGAUCCAGGUGCCCUAG